AUGCUGCUGCCGGUGACGUGGCGUGGCGCUACCGGGAGUGACGUGGCAUGGCGUGGUGCUGUCGGGAGUGAUGUGUCGAGGCGUGGCGCUGCCAGGAGUGACGUGGCGACGAGUGGGAGUGGCGUGGCGAGGUGUGGCGCUGCCGGGAGUGACGUGGCGACGAGUGGGAGUGACGUGGCGACGCGUGGCGCUGCUGGCGGUGACGUGGCAACGCGUGGCGCUGCUGGCGGUGAUGUGGCGACGCGUGGCUCUGCUGGCGGUGACGUCGCGACGCGUGGCUCUGCUGGCGGUGACGUGGCGACGCGUGGCGCUGCCGUCGGUGACGUGGCAACGCGCGGCGCUGCUGGCAGAGACGUGGCGACGCGUGGGGCUGCCGUGGGUGACGUGGCGAUGUGUGGCGCUGCUGACAGUGGCGUGGCGUCACGUGGCGCUUCUGGCGGUGACGUGGCGACGUGUGGCGCUGCCGUCGUUGACGUGGCGACACGUGGCGCUGCUGGCGGUGACGUAGUGAUGUGUGGCGCUGCCGUCGGUAACGUGGCUGUCGAGACUAGAACGGACUAA